AUGGCUCUAGUGGUUCACCUGAAGACGGUGGCUCGCCUUCGGGGGAAAGGUGACAGGAUCGCAAAAGUUACAUUCAGAGGUCUGCCUUUCUACAGCAGGGUAGCAGAAAACUGUGAGGACGUGGCUCACUUUAACGAGACAUUUCGAUGGCCCAUUGCCAGCAAGCUGGAUGGAAAUGAGAUGCUAGAAAUCCAAGUGUUCAAUUACAGCAAAGUUUUCUCCAACAGGCUGGUGGGAACCUUCUGCAUGGUACUUCAGAAGGUGGCUGAAGAGGGACAUCUGGAGCUGACGGACACACUCAUUGAUGACAACAACACAUCAAUAAAGACCAAUGUCAGCAUAGAGAUCAGAUACCAAGCGAUGGAUGGCUCGGUGGGAGUGUGGAACGAUGGAGAAUUUUUGGAUAUUCCUGAUGAUCGGGAUGGGAUGUUUGCCUUUGAAACGGAUAGCUUGCUGUCAGGACAAAGCCACGGAUCAGGGACGUCUCCUGGACGAUCGUUACAGGGAUCCAUACCGACUUUCAGAAAAACAGGAAAGGGAGUUUUCUCAGCCAUGAAGCUUGGCAAGAUCAGAGGUUCUAAGGAGGACCACAGGAGAGCAGAUGAGCCAGCAGUGUUGGACAUGGAAGACCUGGACAGGAAAGCCAUUCGCCUCGCUGGGACAUUGGACCCAGACACCAUCUCCCUGGCCUCGGUUACUGCCGUCACCACCAACGUUUCCAACAAGAGGUCAAAGCCAGACAUCAAGAUGGAACCAAGCUCUGGAAGACCCGUGGAUUAUCAGAUCAGCAUCACAGUGAUCGAGGCUCGACAGCUAAUAGGCCUCAACAUGGACCCUGUGGUGUGUGUCGAAGUUGGAGAUGAAAAGAAAUACACGUCUAUGAAAGAAUCCACAAACUGUCCAUACUACAAUGAGUAUUUUGUCUUCGAUUUCCACAUUCCCCCUGAUGUCAUGUUUGACAAGAUUAUCAAGCUCUCAGUUAUUCAUUCCAAAAACCUUUUACGAAGUGGAACCUUGGUUGGGACUUUCAAGAUGGAUGUCGGGACUGUGUACCAUCAGCCUGAACACCAGUUUUACCACAAAUGGGCCAUCCUGUCUGACCCUGCUGAUGUCACAGCGAGCUCCAAAGGAUAUAUUAAGUGUGACAUAGCUGUGGUUGGGAAGGGUGAUAACAUUAAGACACCCCAUAAAGCCAAUGAGACUGAUGAGGAUGACAUAGAAGGAAACUUGCUGCUCCCAGAAGGCAUUCCAUCAGAGAGGCAGUGGGCCAGAUUUUAUGUGAAGAUCUACCGUGCUGAAGGACUUCCUAAAAUGAACACUAGCAUCAUGGCAAAUGUAAAAAAGGCUUUCAUAGGAGAGAACAGAGACCUCGUGGACCCAUAUGUUCAAGUGCAAUUUGCUGGACAGAAGGGGAAGACCUCCGUCCAGAAGAGCAGUUAUGAGCCAAUCUGGAAUGAGCAGGUCAUCUUCACUGAGCUUUUCCCUCCUCUCUGCAAAAGGAUCAAGGUCCAAAUAAGAGAUUCGGAUAAGGUCAAUGACGUUGCCAUAGGAACCCAUUUCAUCGAUCUACGAAAGAUAUCAAAUGAUGGUGAUAAAGGAUUCCUACCAACCCUGGGUCCAGCCUGGGUCAACAUGUAUGGCUCCACUCGUCAGUACACACUGAUGGAUGAGCACCAGGACCUGAAUGAUGGACUCGGGGAAGGGGUUUCCUUCAGAGCUCGUCUCCUAGUUUCUGUAGCUGUGGAGAUUCUGGACACCACCUCACCUGAGAUCCUUAGCUCAACUGAGGUUCAAAUGGAGACUGUCUCCAACAUCUCAGAGAGCGCAACAGGCAAACUGGAAGAGUUCUUCCUCUUUGGCUCCUUCCUGGAAGCCACCAUGAUUGACAGGAAGAUUGGUGACAAAGCUAUCAGUUUUGAAAUCACAAUAGGCAACUACGGCAACCAGAUAGAUGGAGUGAGCAAAACCUCCUCAGCAAAGAAGAAAAGGAAAGAUGGGGAGAGCGAAGAGGAAGAGAAUGAGCUGAUCCAGAACUCCAGUGAGGAUGAGGCAGAGGAGGACGGGGACCUCGUGUCUGUCUCCUCAACUCCACCCAUGAAGCCUGUCAUCACUGACAGAAACUACUUCCAUCUCCCCUACUUUGAGAAGAAGCCAUGUGUUUACAUUAAGAGCUUGUGGCAGGACCAGAGAAGACGGCUUUACAAUUCCAAUAUGAUGGAUAAGAUUGCAGAUAAGCUGGAAGAAGGGUUGAAUGAUGUUCAAGAAAUCAUUAAGACAGAGAAGGCUUUUCCAGAGCGGAGACUCAGGGGAGUGCUGGAGGAGCUCAGUGUCGGCUGCAGCCGCUUUGUGACACUGGCCAAUAAGGAUAUUAACCAGUCAGGCAGGACAAGACUCGAUCGAGAACGGCUGAAAUCAUGCAUGAGGGAGAUGGACGGCAUGGGCCAGCAGGCCAAGCAGAUACGAGCACAAGUGAAGAAAAACACAGUUAAAGACAAAUUCAAGCUGGCGCAGAACUUCCUGCAGAGGAUUCGCUUCCUUGCUGAUGAGCCUCAACACAGCAUCCCAGAUGUUUUCGUCUGGAUGAUGAGCCACAACAAGCGCAUUGCUUAUGCCCGGAUUCCAUCCAAAGACAUCCUGUACUCCAUAGUGGAUGAGGAAACUGGCAAAGACUGUGGAAAAGUCAAAGCUGUUUUCCUUAAGUUGCCUGGGAAGAAGGGUUUCGGUCCUGCGGGCUGGACAGUUCAGGCGAAGCUGGAGUUGUAUCUGUGGCUGGGUCUCAACAAGCAACGGAAAGACUUCCUUAAUGGACUCCCAAAUGGUUUUGAAGAGAUUAAAUCCUCGAAAGUUGUCCCUGGUCUUCAGUCUGUGCCCCCAGUCAGCCUAGUCUACAAUAUGAAGCAGGUGUUCCAGCUGAGAGCACACAUGUACCAGGCCCGCAGCCUGUUCGCUGCAGAUAGCAGCGGGCUUUCAGACCCGUUUGCCAGAGUCUUCUUCUCAACACACAGUCAAGUCACUGAGGUUCUCAGUGAGACCCUCUGCCCCACCUGGGACCAGCUGCUGGUGUUUGACGACGUGGAGCUGUUUGGCGAGGCCAGUGAGCUGAGAGAUGACCCUCCGAUUAUUGUGGUGGAGCUCUAUGACCAGGACACUGUGGGCAAGGCAGAGUUCAUAGGUCGGACAUUUGCAAAGCCCAACAUCAAGAUGUGUGACGAGCAUUACGGGCCCCCAAGGUUCCCGCCGCAGCUGGAAUACUACCAGAUAUACAGAGGGAACUGCUCGGCUGGGGAGCUGCUGGCGGCCUUUGAGCUGCUGCAGAUACCUUUUGAUGCUGAGGAAAUCAGGCGAGCUCUGAUCGCUGUUCAUAACUUUGCUGUUCCUCAAAUAAAGAUUGGUCAAGGAGGCAGGGCUGACCUUCCCCCUCUCGAAGGGUCAACAGACACAGAGCGUGGACCCAUCAUCCCUGUGCCGCUGGGUAUCAGGCCUGUCUUGAGUCGCUACCGCAUAGAGGUGUUGUUCUGGGGAUUAAGAGACCUGAAAAGGAUCAACUUAGCUCUGGUGGAUCGUCCCCGCGUAGACAUAGAAUGUGCAGGUCGAGGAGUUCAAUCUGCCCUCAUUCAGAACUACAAGAAGAACCCCAAUUUCAGCACUCUGGUCAAAUGGUUUGAGGUGGACCUUCCAGAAAACGAGCUUCUUCAUCCUCCGCUUAAUAUCCGUGUGGUGGACUGCAGAGCUUUUGGCCGCUACAUCCUGGUGGGAUCCCACGCUGUUACCAGUCUGAGGCGCUUCAUUUACAGUGCUCCAGACAAGAGCUCCGGCAACUGGGCCUCUGCAGCUAAGCUCAUGAAUGGCUACAUGGUCCUUACCAAUGGUGGCUCCCAGCCUCGCUCCUCACCCAGCAUUUCUUCCCGCACCUUCUCUCGCCCCGCAGGUGACAUAAUCGUCAACUUGGACACAGAGCCUCAUAUUCGGAAGAUGGACACGUUUGUCAAGUUAGAUGCCAUGUCUGACGCUGUUGUGAAAGUAGAUAUGAAUGAGGAAGAAAGUGAUAAGGACAAGAAGAAGAAGAAAAAGAAGAAGAAGGGGGCCACUGAGGAGGAGGAUGAGACAGACGAGAGAGUACUGGACUGGUGGUCCAAAUAUUUUGCAUCGAUAGAGACGCUUAAAGAGACCCUCAGAGCCCAGGAGGCAGCUCAGGCAGAGGCAGAGGAGAAAGAAGACCUCGAGAUAGCAGCUGAGACAGCAGACAUCAAACCUGACGACCUUCAUAUGAAAGGCUCCAGGAUGUACCAGAGGAGCAAGGAGAAGAAGAUAUCCAAAGAGAAGAAGAAGGGUCAGGCCACUGAUGGAUCCGAGAGACGACCAAAUAAAGCAAAAGUGGAUGAGCUGUUUGUGUAUAACAAGGAGCUAGAGGUGGAAUAUGGAAACUUUGAAGAUUGGCUUCAUACAUUCAACUUGUACAGAGGAAAGGCUGGAGAUGAUGAUGAACAUGCUCUGGAUGAUGACAGGAUUGUCGGUAGAUUCAAGGGAUCCUUGUGCAUGUAUAAGUUACCUCUGUCUGAGGAAAUCACAAGAGAAGCAGGAUUCGAUCCUAACAUGGGAAUGUUCCAGAGCAUUCCACACAACGAUCCCAUCAACGUUCUUGUUCGUGUCUAUGUGGUCAGGGCCACAGACCUCCAUCCUGCUGACAUUAAUGGGAAGGCUGAUCCAUACGUUGUCAUUAAGCUAGGAAAGUCAGAGGUCAAAGACAAAGAGAACUACAUCUCCAAGCAGCUUAAUCCUGUAUUUGGCAAAUCAUUCGAUAUUGAGGCCACGUUCCCAAUGGAGUCCAUGCUGACAGUGUCAGUGUAUGACUGGGAUCUGGUCGGCACAGAUGACCUGAUUGGAGAGACAAAGAUCGACUUGGAGAAUCGAUUCUACAGCAAAUUCAGAGCCACCUGUGGUGUCUCAUCCAACUACUCCGUCCACGGAUACAAUGUCUGGAGGGACCCAAUGAAGCCUACCCAGAUCCUGGCAAAGCUCUGUAAGGAAGGCAAGAUUGAUGGACCUCAUUAUGGCCCAGGCGGCAAAGUCAAGGUGGCAAAUCGAAUCUUUACGGGACCAACAGAAAUUGAAGAUGAAAAUGGUCUUAAGAGGCAGACCGAGGAGCAUUUGGCCCUGACAGUGCUGAACCAUUGGGAGGAGAUUCCUCGGGUUGGCUGUAAGCUCGUUCCUGAACACGUGGAGACCAGACCCCUGCUGAACCCUGACAAACCUGGAAUCGAACAGGGCCGCCUUGAGAUGUGGGUGGACAUGUUUCCUAUGGAUGUGCCUGCGCCAGGACCUGCACUCGACAUUUCACCACGGAAACCAAAGAGAUAUGAGCUCAGGGUGAUUAUUUGGAAUACUGACGAAGUAAUUCUGGAGGACGAUGAUUACUUCACUGGGGAAAAGUCCAGUGACAUAUUUGUCAGGGGCUUUGAGCUUCGUGUUAUUAUUUGGAACACUGAUGACGUAAUUCUAGAGGACGAUGCUUUCAUGACAGGAGAGAAGAUGUCUGACAUCUAUGUCAGGGGAUGGCUGAAAGGGCAACAGGAAGAUAAACAGGACACAGAUGUACAUUACCACUCUCUGACUGGUGAAGGCAACUUUAACUGGCGCUUCGUCUUCCCUUUCGAUUACCUCAUGGCUGAGGAGAAGAUCGUUAUCUCCAAGAAGGAGUCCAUGUUCUCGUGGGACGAGACAGAAUAUAAGAUCCCUCCUCGUCUCACGAUGCAGGUCUGGGAUGCAGACCACUUCUCUGCUGACGACUUCCUGGGUGCAAUUGAGCUGGACCUGAACCGCUUCCCUCGUGGAGCCAAAACAGCUAAGCAGUGCUCCCUUGACAUGAUCCGAAAUGAGCAGGAGCUACCAACCAUUUCCAUCUUCAAACAGAAGAGGGUCAAAGGGUGGUGGCCAUUUGUAGCCCGAGAUGAGAACGAUGAGAUGGAGCUCACGGGUAAGGUUGAAGCUGAACUUCACCUGGUGACGGCAGAGGAAGCUGAGAAAAGUCCUGUGGGAUUGGGAAGAAAUGAGCCGGAUCCACUGGAAAAACCCAAUCGCCCAGACACCACCUUCCUGUGGUUCCUGAGCCCGCUGAAAGCCAUCCGCUACCUGGUGUGCAACCGCUACAAGUGGCUGAUCAUCAAGAUCGUGCUGGCCCUGCUGCUGCUCAUCAUGCUGGGCCUCUUCCUCUACAGCAUGCCAGGCUACCUUGAACAGUCUUCCGAGCUCUCUGGAAUGACUGAUGACUGUUGUUUCACCCUUCUGUGCAGCCGUCCUUGCACCAGUAUGUCCUGGUUGCUGCGCCCAUGGAGGACGAUGUGCAUCCUGGCCUGGAGGGACUACAAACUGCACUGCGUGCUGUUACUGGCUGCUGUGAUGGGUCUGCUUUUCCUGGCUCUGCUGUUCUACUCUUUACCCUCAGAGCUCAGCCACAAGCUGUUCAACCUUGCUGGGUAG